GCUCGUUAACAUGGACCCAAUCUAUGGAAAUACUGAUUUUGUAGAUUUAUCAAUCAAUGAAGCCUCUUACUGUAAGGGUAAUCCCACAGGAGUCCAUCAGAAGAGAGAUGUGACUCAAUCGAAGUGUACUAAAGUUCUUCUGUUGGAUCUCUGCGUCUCUGUUGUUCUUGCUUUUGGUGGUCUCUGUGUUUUGGGGGUCCUGUAUAAUAAUAAUCUUGGAGAUUUUGAAUCACUGCACGUACAGCACCAAAGGGCUUUAAUGCAACUGUCGGCUCAAGAGAUUAAUGCCACAACCAUGGAAAGUGAACUUCAUGAAAUAAAAGCCAAGAACAACAAACUAAGAGCUUCCCUUUAUAAUGCUCAGUCUGGCGAUCUCUCUGUGGAUGGCUGGACAGUUUGGCGUAGGAUGAUUUACUUCAGCACUGAUAAACGAGACUGGGCCGGCAGUCGUGCUGUGUGUGUUUCAAUGGGAGCUGACCUGGUUACUAUAACCAGCCAAAAAGAACAGGACUUCCUGGUGUCUAAAAUUAAAGAGAGUCACUGGAUCGGUCUUAAUGAUCUGGAGACUGAAGGUCGAUGGGUUUGGGUGAAUAACAAAACUCUUGAAGAGACCGGAGUAAAGUUCUGGCACAUGAGGACAUUUGGGAGAAGUGAACCUGAUAACUGGAAGGUGAAGGAUCCAUCCGGAGAAAACUGUGCCAGUCUGGGUGACAUCAACGGCGAUGUAGACACUUGGUAUGAUAGUUCUUGCAAAGAGCAGAAGAGGUUCAUCUGUGAAAAGAAAUAAUUUACUUUCACAUAUGAUAGAGGUUUGCUUUCUAAAUAUGCAAACACACUUCAGACACAAUAAUAAAAGACAAAGAGAAGUGUUAGAUUAGUCAUGUUCUCCAUUCAAGUGUGAGUAAAAUCUUAACCAUAUCAUGCUCCUGUCAUCCUUGUAAAUGUAUUUUGUUAUUAGUUGAAGGCUUGUGUUAGAGCGUGAUGUUCAGAUCCUGGAUUUUGUUCAGGUGUCAGGAUCUGAACUUGUGAUGCCCGUGUGAUUGUUGUCAUGUGUUUGGUCUUUGUUGUUAUUUGAUGUCACUAUUGUUGUAUAUUCUGUCUAGUAAAGUUAAGUUUAAUGUGUUUUAGGUUUUGUCCUCUGAUGGAUUUUUGUUUUGUUUUUCUAUUUUUAUUUGAAAGAGGUUUUUUGGUUGUUAAAAUGUGCUGUCUGUGCUGUGGUUCUUUCUUAUUAACUUAACAAAACAUCUGAAAUUAGAGAUAAGUGUGUGGCUUCAUUUGUAACCUGCAGAACAUUUUGCUGUUUAAAGUUUCUUAAUCAGAGUAUUGUCUUAAUCGAGUUAAUAUUGAAUAUUGAUGUCCAUGCAAAUGUAAUGACUGAAUUAUGAGACAUAACAGAGAAUCUACAAGAAAUGCAUCUUCUAUCCUAAGUUCUAAAACAUUGAACCAUCUUAUCUGAGAUUUAUAGAAAUGAGACCUUUUUACUCAUCGCACCAUGACCUUUAAAAUAAUACUAAACAUGAAUAUAAAAUUACAAACUUAGAACCACAUAAUAUGUAUACAUUACAUCAUAUAUUUCAGCAGAUACUCAGUGAUGUGAGCCUGAAGGCUAACUGUGCAAAAGCCUUUGUGAUGAAGAGAUUAGGAGCACAAAGAGUUUCAUGUCUGUAACCAGUUUAACCUGGAGGUCAAAUUUGGGUUAACAACACCACCUGAGGUUUAAUU